AGCGACUGACGUUUCAUCACCGAACCAAAACAAAAAGUUCCACUGCUUUCUUUGGUGCUGUUUGCGAGUCGAAAUCCACUAAAAUGUCCGGCGGAAAGUCCCCAACGGAGCUGCUUUCGGGAACCUUCUCCAAAUCAUGGCUACACGACAAGUGGGCUCCCGCGAUGGGAGGGAUCUUGGGCUUCAUGGGGGCCUGUUACGUGAACUGGGGCAGUGCACGACCUCUGCUGAGCGGUAUUCAGAAGCAUGUCGUGGCCACAAUCGGUCUUGGUGCGUUGGCGUUAACCGUGGAUAAGUGGAGGAAUCAGUAUCUGGCCGAAAAGGAUGCUACUCUGCGUCACUACAUCGAACUGCACCCGGAGGAUUUUCCAACUCCCGAACGGAAAAAACUGGCUGACGUGUUCGAGUACUGGCAACCAAUUCGUUAAAUGAGUUUCAAUUGAUAAUAUUUUUUCAUCAGUAAUAGAGACUCACUUGAAAGCCUAGUCUUUUAGGUCUAAUCCAAAAUACCGUUACAUCCGUGUAAUCCAGCGGAUGUGAAUAAAUAAAGCUCGUUUGUAAAAUAGGCAA